AUGGGUCGUAGAGUCCACGUGAAGCAAUUGUUCAUCACCGUCCAGUUCUCAGAUGACCCGCCCGCGGCUGGCUGCCAGCCCAGGGCGGCGAAGGGCGGGCGCGAAGGCAUGGCGCAGCCGUCGGCGCUGCCGCCCGGCAUGACCUUCUCCGUGAGGCGGUCUGCGCAAGACGACGUCGACACGAUCGCCGCGCUGUUCGACCGGACCUUCGACAACGACGUGCCCACCGAUUGGUUCACGCGCUUUCACGCGCUCCCUGAGGGCCGCAUGAAGACCCCGGCCAUGAAGCAGAGCUUCUUCGUCUCGCUCAUCGAGACGUGCUUCAUGAGCGUCACCAUCGAGGACGACGAGGGCCACAUCGCAGGUUUCGUGGCACUGGACGACGCGCCCCUGCAGAUGGUGCGCAAUGCGCCCGUGGGGACUUACUGGGAAGAUUGGCUCCAGCAAGCCUGCGACGAGCCGUCAAUCGACAGCACCAACUCGCUCUGGCUCGUAUGUUGCCUGGUGGAGUCCGAGGCAGCUGUUAUGGCCGAGAUAUUGCGCAGCACGUUCUCGACCUUGACGGACGUCCAGAACUUGCUUGUGUACGUGCCCGGCGGGAUGGCGGAAGACGAGGCUGUCCAGAUGCUGGACCCCUUCGAGGUGCACUUCCAGGAGCUCCGCCCGACGCGUGCCGAGGUCCCCGAGGGCCACUGGACGGAGGACGGCUCGGGCGCCAGGCCCGUCCUGAUGCGCUGCGCGCGCUCGAGCAUCGUGACGCCGCUGAACAUCCGCAUGGCCAGGGUGGAGGAUCACGACGACCUCGCCGCCGUCUUCAACACGCAGAGCGAGGUCGUCACAGAGGUGUAUGGUGAGUUCUUCAUCGCCGAGCUGGUGGAGGCCCAGAACGAAGAGAACAAGGCACUCGUCGCAGAGGUGGACGGUCGCGCGAAAGGGCUCAUGUGCCUGACCUCGGAUGUCGACAUCAACGUCUUGGCGCAAUGCUUCGAGCUGGACGCCUACGACAACCUCCUGAAGCCGGGAUACAUGAGGCGUGUGCGCGAGCACGCCGAGGCUUUCCAGAGGGGCGAGGCCGCCUACCUGUGCGAGACGGGGGACUACCUGCAGGCAGCCCUGUCCUCCUUCGACGUCGAGGCCGUCCUGGACCCCCUCCCGCGGGCGGAGGACGGAUGGCCGGCUGCCCGCCCUGGCGGUGAUGCAGGCCUUGAUGCGGCAGGAGUUCGCCGACGAGGUCGGCCAGGUGGUGCGCGACCUCGGCCGGACGAUGAUGACGCUCAUGUGGCAGGCAAACUGGGCAGAGCCGAUGUUGGAGGGAAGUUCUACAAUCGACAUGACAAGGCUGAUAGGCUGCGUGCAGACGUUCCUGGAACUAUCCACGGAGGCGCGGCGUGA